AUGGCUGAUAAUAAAUGUAUACAAAUGAUUCAAAUGAAUUUUUCAUUAUACGGCCUAGUGUUGUCGAGGGAACUCAGAGUAUCCCUUGCAAAGCGUCUAUUAAAAAUACAAGAAGAAGAACGUGAGUCUUGGCUCAGUCGCAUCAUAGAACUGAUUUUAGCUCAAAACUUGGAUGGUCCACAUGUUACAGCUGAACAUGUAAAAAGUGCUAUUGAGGAGUGGUCAGAGCCAAAUAAAUUAAAGGACACAGAAACAAUAUUUAAUGUUAUAAAUGGAUAUGAUAUACCAAAGAUAAAGUAUGAUAUAUGUAAGAAGAAGUAUAUAAUUGACAGUGAAAACAUACAUCCUGAGGCACAAUGCAAAUCAUUAAUCUUCAAGCAUCGUUUUGAAAUGGUGUGGUACAAAACUUUGAGACACAAACAAUUUUUGUCCUCCAAGUUUGAGAAACAGCCGUUGGAUAAGAUUAAUUUAAUACCCAUAGAAUAUUUAUUGAGUGAGCUGAAAACUGGAAAUGUUUGUAUAAUGGGUCUAUUAACACAAUUAACAGAAGAUCAAUAUUACUUGGAAGAUACAAGUGGAUCUGUUAAAAUUGACUUGAGCAACACAGAUUUUCAGGAUGCUUUCAUAAUGCAAGGCUGUAUAAUAAUAGCUAUUGGAACAUACAAGGAUGAUACAUUACAUGUAGAAAAUAUUAGCUUUCCACCGAUAGAGUCAUGGGAAAGUUUUCGAUCAGAUUUUGGUGAUACUAAUACAUUUGGUGGUCCUCAUAGUAUGUCUUUAAAAAUGUCAGAAAAGUUACAAGUCCAUGAAAAAAAUAACGAGGACGGUAUAAUAGUAUUCAUAGCGGAGCUAUGGUUAGACUUUCCCAAUGUCUUACAAAAAUUCCAAAUGAUAUUGGAAGGCUACAUGGACUAUCCUCCUAUAGCUUUUGUAUUGUGUGGCCAUUUUCUGAGUUUUCCUACCAAUAUAACCAGUCCACAAGCCUUAAUCACAGGUUUCAAAAACCUGGUGGAUAUAAUAAUACAAUAUACAAAUGUGAAGGAAGCUUCUAAAUUUGUUUUUGUACCUGGCCCACACGAUUUAGGCUCCCCUAAAAUUUUACCUAAACCUCCUUUGCCUAAAUGUAUCAUCGAAGAAGUCACGAAAUCGAUACCAAACGCUAUUUUUACUACGAAUCCAUGCAGAAUACAGUACUGCACGAAAGAAAUUGUAGUGUUGAGGGAAGAUAUGUUAACAAAGAUGUGCAGAAAUUCACUUCGUUUCCCAAAAGAGGAAGACUUUUUUAAGCAUUUUGCCAGAGCCAUUAUCAGCCAAUCACACUUGACACCUGUGCCACUAGAAGUCGUACCGGUGUACUGGAAGUAUGAUCAUGCUUUACAAAUUUUCCCAACACCAGAUCUUAUUGUCGUCGCUGACAACUUUGAGACGUAUACCGCCAGCUACUCCGACUGUUAUGUUAUUAAUCCCGGCAUGUUCUCGAAAAAUAAUUUUUCGUUUCAAACCUACGUGCCUGCUGCCAAUCAGAUCCAAGAUUGUCAGCUCCCAAACGACAUCGAUGUUUAGAUUAGAACAAUAAAUAUGGAAAGUAUUGGUAAUUUUUUGCAAAUUUCAAACUGAUUUCAAACUUUUACAAAUUUCAACUAUUAAUGAUCUAUUUUAACUUUUAAUGGAAUAUGGAAAAAGUAUGGUCGUAGAAUGGUAAAUUAUAUUAAACAGUGCAACAUUUCUCUCUGCCACUUUCUUCUAUUUUCGCUUAGGAAAGAGCUAUAAUCUAGCCCACAAUCGCCUUGUGUGUAUGUAUAUAUAUAUGUAUAUAUGUAUGUAAUAUUUGGGUGUGUAUAUUUUUACAACGUGACAAUAUACAUAAUAUUAUACAGAUA